AGUUCUGCUUGUUCUCUUUGCUGUUGCUAGUGUCUGCAAUGGCUCCGAAGGCCGAGAAGAAGCCCGCAGAGAAGAAGCCGGCGGAGGAGAAGAAGACGGUAGCAGAGAAAGCACCAGCGGAGAAGAAGCCCAAGGCCGAGAAGAGACUGCCAAAGGAAGGUGCCAGUGGCGAUAAGAAGAAGAAGAGGGUCAAGAAGAGCACCGAGACCUACAAGAUCUACAUCUUCAAGGUCUUGAAGCAGGUUCACCCUGACAUCGGUAUCUCCAGCAAAGCCAUGGGGAUCAUGAACAGUUUUAUCAAUGAUAUCUUCGAGAAGCUUGCUCAGGAGUCUUCAAGGCUUGCCCGCUACAACAAGAAACCUACCAUCACCUCUCGAGAAAUCCAGACCGCUGUUCGACUUGUUCUUCCUGGUGAAUUGGCAAAACACGCUGUUUCAGAGGGAACCAAGGCGGUAACCAAAUUCACUAGCUCUUAGAAAUUGGGUUGUUUUCUUCUCCUUUCGAUUUCUUCAGAUUAGAUACAAUUUCAUUACGAAAGACAGAUGUGAUCUCUUCAAGAUGUUGGGAAUUUGGGAUUUUCGAUCUGAUGUGUGAUUAGGGUUUCUUUGAGGUGAUUCAUCCCUCUCCUUGAGGAUUGAUCUCAUGCUGUAAAUCUCUCUCUUUUCUUAAAUUUUUAGAACAUUCAACUUCUUGUUC